AUGGUUAAGGUUGUUAUUGUGACAGGUGCUUCCAGGGGUAUUGGUAGAUCUAUUGUCGAUCAAGUUUUGAAAGCUAGUGAUGAUGCCGUUGUUUGUGGUGUAGCUAGAUCUGAGGCUCCAUUAAAGGAAAUUAAAUCCCAAUAUGGGGACAGAUUCGAUUACACUGUCGGUGAUAUAACUGACGCUGCUGUUUUAAACAACUUAGUUAAAAUUGCUAUUGAUAAAUAUGGCAAGAUCGACUCUGUUAUCGCAAAUGCUGGUGUUUUGGAUCCUGUUCAAAAUAUCAAUGAAAUUAAAGUCGAUGAAUGGAAAAAAUUAUACAAUAUCAAUUUCUUCAGUAUUGUUGAACUGGUUUCAAUUACUUUACCAUACUUAAAAAAAGGUUCUGGUGAAAUUGUCUUUGUCAGCUCUGAUGCAAGUGAUACAUAUUUCAACUCAUGGGGUGCCUACGGUUCAUCAAAGGCUGCUUUAAACCAUUUUGCUAUGACUAUUGCUGCUGAAGAACCUAGUGUUAAAGCUGUAUCAAUUGCUCCAGGUAUCGUCGACACUAACAUGCAAGUAAGCAUCAGAGAAAAUUUUGGUCCUCAGUGUAUGUCUGCUGAAGCUACAAAAAUGUUUACGGACCUUCACAAAGAUGGCAAAUUGGUCCAUAGUGACUAUCCAGCUUCUGUUUACGCUAAGUUAGCUGUAUUUGGCAUUCCAGAAGCUGUUAAUGGUAAAUAUUUAAGUUAUGAUGAUGCAAUCUUAAAGGACUUCCAAUUGAAAUAG